GAAGAAAUGUGUGAAGUAAAGUUGCCUAACCAAAUUGAUAUUUGCAUCCCUGUGUCGAAUCGUUGCAGGAUUCGGCGAUUCAAAGUGGGACGGGGACAUUUUUGAGAAGCCGUGGUUGCCCUGUCGCUUGGUGACACACGUCGAGUUUGUUAGUUUAUGCGCCGUUCUCAAGGCAACCCCAAGCUUGCUACUUCGAAGCCUGCAACCUCAGCGUCUCUCUCAAGCUAUCCCCUUCUACCAUGAAACUAUUUCUUGAGAAACAAACGUGUGAGGACUUCAGAACGCGCUGCUGACCAGUCCACUGCAGGGGAGUGAACCGCUUGGCUGGUCUUUCACCCUGGCUAUCACGUCUGUGAGCUCGAUGAGUCAGUUACUGGCAGGAGCAUUGUGAUUGGCUUUUAAUAAUCGCAUCUUCAUGUGAGGCCAAAUACAAUAACAAAGUCCCCUCCCCGUCGUGAGUCGAAGCCACGCUUUGUAAACAGCCCCCCCUCCAUCAUGGCUCCGGAGGUGGUCAACAGAGCUUUAAUGGUGAACAGGACCUAGGGUCAAAGGUCAAAGGGCAAGGCAAGGGCGGAGCUGGCCGUGUGAAAGAGAGCAUGGAGAGGAGGGAAGCGGGUGGAGCUGGGGCGCGGGGUCGGCGGCAGGCCCCUGAAUCAGGGCCCCCCUCCUCUUCCUGCGACUCACCCUGGGAGGGGGCGCGGGAGAGCCCGGUGGCGGGCGGGGACUUCUUCGGCCAGAUGGACGAGAACGGGAUCAUCGGGCUGGAGGACGCCUCAGCGGGGGAGGAGCUGGAGGAGGGGUCGGAGGGGGGCGCGGACCUGACCUGGGACCCCGGAGACCCGGACCCCGAAGACGGGCCCCCGGACCUCGAAGAGGGGCCCCUGGAUGAGGACCCACUGGAGGAUCAGAGCUGCGGCCUGAGUGAGCUGGAGGACUCGGAGCCCCUGUCCCGGUCGCCUGGCCUUUCGCUCUAUGAGGAGGACGAAGAGCGUGUGGAGUUGGAAGACUGGGCAACGGAAGGGAACGAAGAGGAGGAUGGCGACGGCGAGGAAGGUGCAGCGAGCUGGGCGAUCCGCAAUCGGCAGGCUGAGAAGCUUCCGGAAAGAGACAGGCAGCUGGACAUGACGGAUGAAGAGCGAGAGGGAGAGGACACGGACGCCAGGGGGCGCUGUGAGCCACUGUUCCUCAUCGCCACGGGAACGAGAGACACACGGCGAGGCGGGGACGUCGUAUCCAGGGGCAGUUUCCAUGGUAGCGACCUCGCGGGGGAGAUUUCGGCAGGUCCGUUCUCAGGGGUCAGUUCCCCUCGUGAGGGAGAGGACGAUGGGAGGGGACAGUCAAAGGAGGCCUUCCCUAACCAGGACCUGUCCCCAAAUCCGUGCCGACCCAGAGGGGCCGCGGUGUCCCCGCUGUCCCGCGCCGGGGCCCUGCGCCUCUCCAGGGGGCAGCCGUACUCUGAGGCGGGGAUCGAGGGCGAGACUCUGCCCGAAUCCGGCUUCCCCGAGGGCCUCCCGGAGUCUCGACGCAGCCGGCUCGGCCGAGCCCCGCCCACCGCCCGCCCGCCCUCCGAGCCCGAGGCAGAGGAGCUGCUCUUCCUCCCCCCGGCCCCAGUGGGCAGGGUAGAGGAGGAGGAGGAGGGAGCUGGAGAAGGAGGUGUAGAGGAGAAGCAGGAGUGCGACCCGCGGCCUCUCCCUCUCCCCCGCAAGCCUCCGUCUCCGGCACCCUGCAGAAAAAAGACUCCCAGCAUGCAUCUCUCCGGCCACAAAGCCCGGGCCCAGCUCCCCGAGCCCUCCCCUCGUUACAACCCAGACCCAGGGGUACGCAGGAGCCCUAAAGCCCCCAGAGCAAGCACCCCCAAAUCCUCAACGGGAUGCAGGGACUCUGACCACGACAGGAAAGGGCAGCUGAAUUACCCCCUACCCGAUUUCUCCAAGGUGGGGCCUCGGGUUCGCGUCCCAAGGGGAGAGGGGUACAGGCCCCCCAAAAGCAAGGGUCCCGCGCUUGGGGGGGCGUCCCGCGUGACCGCGCCCCUGCUGGUGUUUAAAUCCCCUGCCGACAUUGUGCGGGAGGUUCUGAUGAGUAGCGGGGACUCCCCGGCCCCUCGCUCCCCCCCCUCGCCCCCCCCGGCCCCCCUGGCCCCCGCGCUCUCUGCCAGGCCCCAGAGGCCCAUCGACAUCGCCGUGCCCCAGGAGUUUCGCUCCCCAGAACAGGCCAGCUCGCUGGUGCACCAGCUGCAGGAGGACUACAACACGCUGCUGACCAAAUACGCGGAGGCUGAGAACACUAUCGACCGUCUACGCCUGGAAGCCAAGGUGGGCCUCUACUCUGACCCUCCGAAGCCCAGCCAUUCUGUCCAAUCGGGCGCCAUCCAGAAGAGUUCAAAGGUCAUGACCCUGACCUUUCCCCAGGCCCAGAGGGCCCAGUUCGGUGCGGAUGCUGCCGGACCAGACCCAGCGGAGCAGUCUGGGACGUCCCGCGGGGAGUCCUCCUCCGCCCAAACCCAGGGGCCUGGAGCUGGAGGGUGGCUGACUGGGGACCUGGCCGCCCUGGCUGAGAGGUUCCAGGCACAGCUGGACUCGUUUGAAGAUCUACAGAAGAGCGGAAAGCUGAAGCCGUUCGAGCAGAUGAAGGGCCUGGCCGGGCUGGUGCAGGGUCUGGACUCGCUGGAGCGGGGUUACCUGAGGGCGCGGGACGAGCACAGGGCCCUGCAGCAGGGGGGGAGGGAGCCGCCCCCCUUCGAUCCUGACCGGGAGGUGGAGGGACAGAUAUUUCGGCUUGGUAUGCGCCUGGAGGAGCUGAGGGAGCGGGUGGAGCAGGCCGUCCAGGACCACCGCGGACCGGUGGCCCCUCCCUCCCCACCCCCGGCCCUCGAUCCACGCUCGGGGCCCACUCCGCACCCCGAGAGCCCGGUGUCCCCGGUGCGCGGAGGGUUUGGGGGGACCGUGGGGGCGGAGGUCAGCUCCGUGAGCGGGGAGAGUGAAGGAGAGGACUUCGGGAAGAUGGAGGAGGGGCUUCCGUCCGGCCUCCCCCCCGCCUUGCUCCGCAAGCACCAUCGUGUGGAGACGGACUUUAACACCCUAAUGCACCACUACCAGAGUUUCAGGGAGCUUCCUGGACUGCUGGCAGAGGAAACCACGGAAGCUGAUUCCGCUCUGUUGCAGACAGCCUCUCUGGGGCAUGAUGGGAUAGCAGUAGGACUCCAGAGGACUGAUAGUGAGGAGGGCAGAAGGACUGUCUUGUCCAUACAGCCCGAAAGAAGCCAUAAGCACCCGGUAUUGGCCCCACCCCCCGAACACGCGGUCGACCACCUGAAGGGGGUCUUUUCACUUCAGGAGCCCCUCCCACAACCCCUCCCGUUGCCGGGGCAACAGGGCGGUGUGGCGAGGCGCGGCAGCAGGAAGUCGCACAGCAGCAGCCUGGCCAGCCUGGGAGGAAGCGCAGUCUCUGAGCCCCGGUCCGCCAAGCUGCGCACCAGACGCACCACAGCGCCCUCUCAGGACGGACUCGUGUCUCCUGAGACGGACAGCGGCUUUGUGGGGUCGGAGAGCAGCCAUCUGACGCCUGCCGCUGGCUGCCUCCCCCAGCAGGGGGCAAGAGUGAGCCUCUCUGCCCAUCCAGGAGAAAGAGGAGAGGACCCUCGGCCAAUCUCUGGGCGUCCGGCCUCAGGUUCCGCCCCUCGGAGACCCCCCAUGCAGGAGCACGUGGGCGGCGCCCCCUUCGCUCCCAAGGUUCUGCGGUCGGGACGGGGGUCGGUAGGGGGGCGCAGCCUGCCCCCAGGCAGCGCCUCGCCAUCCGGCUCCCCCCAGCCCUGGGCCAGCAGCCUGUCCUGCGGGUCUGAGCCAGAGAGCGAGCGUGGUGCCCUCAGCCUGUCAGAGGGGGAGGAGGGACGGCCCGUCCGUCACACACGGCUGGCCAAUCGGCAGCCCCGUCCGCGAAGCCCGUCCCCUGCCGUGCCCCGUCACCAUGGCGAUCCCCUCAGGGCCCUUGGCUCUGGCCAGCUGACAAAUCGACAUGAGGCCAUCCAGUCCUUGCAGGCCGAGGUCACCAGGCUGAAAGAGCGACUGGAGGACAGUCUCAGGCACCCAAACCCGCCAAGCCACAUUAGAUCGCCCCCUUCAGCCUCGGAGGAGGCAGGACAGCCUCACGGCAUCGACACCAACACCAGGUCAGCUCAGUGCUGGCACAGUGGAGGGGGGAAGGAGUCUGAGAGUGGAAAGAAGGAGCGGGAGAAGGAGGCGCAGAAAAGGAGGGGCCCUCCCAGGCCCUCCCCCAGAAAGAGGUCGGCCUCCGUCCCACAGCGGAGGCCUGAGCUGGACGUCACCACUGAUUCUGGGGAUGCCCAGUCUGUCCCCAAAGCACAGUCCUCCCGGCGUAUCCCAGAAUUCUGUGCAGCGCAUGGAGGGCAGAGGCAGGCUCGUCCUGAAGCUGUGAUGCACAGAGGACCCUACACAAGGAAGCUGUACAGACUGACGCCCCCUGUAGGUGGUGAGGAAAAUGACAGCGUAACCCGGAACAGCCGAAAGGGAGCCUGUCCGAACUGUCACUAUGGGAAGUUUCCGUCAGGGGGUACCUCAGCCUCGGUCCGAGUCCUCCCCCAUUCUCGCUGUCCUCUGUGCCGAGGGUCAGGCUGGGGCGGAGUCACCGAGCCAGACGGAGUCCCCGCCCUGCGAGGCAACCAGCCAAUGGACUCGGCUCUCAAGGCUGGGGGCGUGUUCUUUGCAGUGGCUCCGCCUCCUCCGGUGCCAGGCAGUGUGCCAGUGGUUCCGUGUGUGCCGGUCUGCCCGUCGGUGCUGUAUGUCUCCAGCCCUGCGCUGAAGGCGCUUCCCUCGGCCCUACAGCCUCUCUACCUCUCUCCGGACGGCGGUGCCGGCUCAGCGGCGGCCAGGAGCACGGGCGGAGGCCGCCGUCACUCUCGCUCCCUCUCGGCCGAUACCCGCGGCCUGAGCCAAUCCCUGAGCCGCGCCAUCGAAGCGGCGCGUGGCGUCAGGGCGGCCUCGCGGACCGUCGCCCGCUCCCUCGCCUCCGGGCUCCACCAGCAGGGGGUGCUCACACAGUCCUACCUCCGCUGACCACCAGAGGGCGCCUGCGGGCACAUGAGUGGACGUACUGUACAGUGCAGUGCUGCUCCCGACUCAGGGUCACCUGUUCUGCCGCUGUCGUCUCCAUGGCUAUACUCCCAAAGUGUUGUGGUGAAUCGUAAAAACAUGAGUUUUUCCAUGAGGGUGUGAAAGCAGGAAAAGGUACUGUGAUUUUUUUUUAAAUUAAUAAUUUCAUUUUUGAGAAAUCCUCUUCUUUCCUUUUUAAUUUAAAAGUGAGGCCCUAUAAGGUGACGGGAAGGAGAAUUCAUAUUCAUUCCUGCAAUAUCUCAGGUCUUAACGUAUCUAAGGGAUAGCUUAUCGAGGUUUGCCUGACAGUUAGAAAUGCCAAUGACGUGUUAAUAACUGUGUUAUACACCCUUAAUAAUGCAUUAUGUUCUACAUUAAUAACUGUUUGCAGGCCUGGACGAUCCCACAGAUGCCAGCUUAGGUUCUGAGAUUUAUAACUCUGACUGGCUUGGUAUUGUUGAUAUGGUUGAUAUGGCCAGUAGAACACGUGGUUAUACAAGGCAAUUGAUGUUUAAAAUCUAGGAUUGGCAUAGCAUGAAUGGCCAUUUUAGGCCAAGGUAUACUUUAGGCCAUGUUGUUUCUUACUACUAAAUUAUUAGUUCCUUCCGUAACCUUUUUGCUUUUUUUUAGUCAGUACUUUGCUGUAUCUUCCUAUUGAGAAAUGUACUGUGAAUUAGUUACUGAAAAAUAGGAAUUAUUUCUAAAUUUAGCUGUGAGUAGCAUUUUUUGUAAUGACGCGAAGCAAUAAGAAAGUAUGAAUAGUCUCUUUUUUUGGAAGAUUGUAUUUUUUUAAUCGCUUUUUCUCAGACCUCUUUAUAUUUUUGUAACAGAACUAAAAAAAAAAUCAUGCUUUGUACAAAAUAAACUUUGUAGCAACCCUGUUUUCCUGAAAAUGAUGACAAAUGCUUUCGUUUUUGUGACUUGCCUGGUGGAAAUAUAACUGGCCCUAUUCAGACUUCGGCUAUUUAUGGACCUGUUCUAGCACUGUUACCUAAGUAAGGCGUGUUUUAGGCUGGACCGCAACAGCGGGGCCAGCCCUACAAAUGCGAAUGUCUGUGACUGACUGAGUGAGUGAUGAAGUUGCACCAUUGGUCUGCCGAGUUAUGAAGUCACACCUUUGGUCGGCCGGAUCACGUGUGUUAGGUCCAGCCGUAUACUAGGUUUUUAACCUGGCCUUGUUUAAACAGAUAUUCAGACCUGCCUUGUGUGUACCUACUUAUAACCAAUAUUGGGAGGGGCUUCCUUGUACACCCUGGAAAAUGUAUGAUUAAGCACAUGCCUGUGCGUGGACAGAAGUACUGGCACUGGAAUUCCAUUUACAUGGCAUUCCAUUCAUCUUUAAGAACCAUGGUGAGAUAAAUGCAAGGAAAUGUGUUUUAAGAAAAAGUAUGAUUUAGAAUGCAUUUCAAUGGAAAACAAGACCAGGACAAAACCUAGUAUAUGGCUGGACAGGCCGACCAAUGGUGUAACUUCAUCACUCAGUCAGUCAGUCACAGAUAUUUGCGAUAUCCGCUGUUGCGGUCCAGCCAACAAAACAUGUAAGACUAGCCUUAAUAGCUUACGUCCAAAAAGUGAAAAAUAAAACAUCAUAUCGUCUUUGACGCAAAUGAAUAGGAAUUGAUAUUCAUUUAACAACUGCCCUGAAAUAAAUUAAGACAUGUGUUUGAAGAAAUUUAUGAUGAAAAAUGUGUUUCAGUGGAAAACAGAAAAAUGCAGACUAUAGUCUUGCAUCCAAAAAGUGGGAAAAAAAGUAGAAACAAUUAAGGAAGUUUUCAUGCAGAUGGGACUAACCCUAAUUAGGGUUGAGCUAGGGUUAGGAAAACAGGUAAGUCUGAGGGAUGAGGCAAGUUCACAGUUGUGUUCAGCUCCUUGAAAAAUGGCUAGAAUAAGGUUAAGCCUUUGAUAUUAGUCAAGCAUUUGUUGCUAAAUGUGUCGUAAAUGUGUUGAUUGUAUCAAGGGACAAAUGCUUACCUGGAGCUGGUAUCCAGUCUAUAACUCAGAGGAAGGGGCCAAUGUGAAUUCAGCUCCCAAAGUCCUGGUGCCUCUUCCUCCCUUACAUUCUUAUGUUCAUGUAAGCUAAGCUUUAAAAUGGGUUGUGUGUGUAAAAACACAGGAAAUGUGGACUCAAGGACAGAAUUAAGCCCCCUACCAACACAAUUAGCUGUACUUUUGAGAAUGGACCUGGAUAAAGCUACAUAAUCUGAUAAUUUGGCUGAAAGACAGAUAAGGUUAUCACAUUAAAAACCUACCGAUCCAAGAUCUACUUUUACUGGAAGUCAAUUUAUUAGACAGCGGUACAUAUGGAGUACUUUUUGUUUGUGCUUCAACACUCGCAAACAUAGAAUUUCCAAUAACUUAAACAGAUUUAUGACAGACUACCUUUAAUUUAUUUAUAUUUCUCUCUCUGAUAAAUAACUUUGUAAAUCAGUCAGACAGACACAGUGAAUGCUAUACAACGGCAACAGGUGAAGUAAAAGGAAAACUCAAAAGGAGAACCCUGAAGAAGCAUUUGCAUCACAGAGAGGCAUAGUGCAGUGUACAGCCAAUUUCUCCAGAGGAAGAACAGAAAAAGAAAAAGAAGAAAGAAAAAAAAACAA